UGUACUCGUUAUUUUCCAUUUUCCUGCAGCUUGAAUUGGACCAAUUUUGGGCAUGUCUGACUUUUGAGGACUCUUUUGAGGACUGUCCAUUGUCAUAUCAAUAGACAAAUAGUUUUGCUCUUGCCGAAUUAUCUCGAGCUGAAGAGUCAACGCAUCAUCAGUGGUUAGACACCGACAAUUGAACUGUCAUCAUCGAGAUUGUGAUUAUCAUGUAGACCCUAGUCUAGUCUCAACUUUGUGAUCUUUUGCAGGAUAUUCAUGGAAAUCGUAUUAAUCUAGAGACUAGAGUGAAAAAUGUCGACUAUUGUAGAGUCAAACUCGAUUACUUCAAAGUAUGAGGUGAACUCCAACAUUAAGAUUGAUGGGGAUGAGCUGGGAGACACGGCGGAGCCCGCUGGGAAAGUGGCGGAUGGACUCAAAUUUAAUGCCGUCUUAGGAGAGGUUGAUAUGCAGUUGGAGCAAAAGAAGCAGCAAAACCACACAUUUGGAGAGGGACAACAUAAUAACCUUAGCGGAGAAGAAAGUGUUAGUGGAUCUCUUUAUUUGAAUGGAGAAACGGUAAACUCAAUGGACCCGAAAAUGGACCCGAAAAUGAAUGCAGAAGUCAGUGUUGUGAACGGGGAAGGAGCAGCCGAUGAGUCGGGUGAUAUUUCCCGUUCAUCAGCGGGUGGCAGUGAUUCUCCUGCGGCCGCAGAAUCGCCUCAGAAUGACAACUCUAAGAUCCCCACUGAAUCGCCCACUUUGCAGGCACAAGUCGAUGGUCAUGAUGGUGAAACAGAUAGCAUUGAUUCAGGCAAAUCAGCUAAGAAAAAGAAAGGAUUUCUCUCAGGUGGAUUGCACAUUCACAUGCCAAAGUUUAGCAGUCGUUUGUCAUUUGGUAGUGAUGUGAGUGCGACGAGUACGGGUAGCGAACUCGAUGGAUCACCCGAGAAAAAGAAAAAGAAGAAAGAUAAGAAAAACAAGAAAAAACAAAAUCUCACAACCAAUGAUGAAGGGGAUCAAGAUAAUGCUACUCCCAGCGAAUACACAGAAAGUAAUGCAAGUGAUAGAGCAGAUCAACUCGAUGGAGCUGUUUCUUUGAAUGAUACAGGACUGGACAUUCAGUUUGAAGACCAAGAAGAGAUGGCUUCCGGUGGUGAUGGUCAAGUAUCUUCAAAUUCAAAGGAAGAAGGAGAAAAUAUUCAGGAAGGUAGUCCUUCAGAUGCAGUGGAAACGUCCAGUCCAGAACCAGUCCUUGGCAACAAAGUGGAGCCAAAGGAGAAUGAACAGAUCAAGAAGAUGGACGUGGAUGAGACACCUGCUCAAGAGCAAGAGGCACCUGCCAAAGAACCUGAAAACCAACCUGAAAUUUCAUCGGACCAAAGCUCCUUGCCAACUCAACCAGAGGAAGCCUCCAGUGCACCCUCGAGUGCAGAUGCUCAACCCACCUGCGAGCCAACAGAUCAAUUGGCAGCUGACCAAAAUACCCCUCCACAGGCGGUAGAAGAGUCCAAACCAGAAGAGCCCAUAGUAGAUCAAGUAGAGCAGUCCAUUUCUAGUCCGGGGGAGUCGACCCCUAAGGAGGGUGACGAGGAAAUAGGAGAGGAGAAAAAGGGGUCAACCUCAUCAGGGGAAGAAGGAGAGGAGGAGGAUGAAGGGGAAGUAGAGGAGGGCAAGCAGAAGAAGAAAAAGAAGAGGAAAGGAAUUCUCAAUGUCCAUUUUCCUCACUUUGGAGGAAAAAAGGGGAAGUCUGGAGAGAAAUCCUCUGAUCAAUCUUCAGACUCCGACCGCGCCCUGUCACCAAAGAGGUUUGGCUGGAAGAAGAGGAAGGAUGCAAGAUCACCCGAGAGGAAAGGGGAGAAGGAGGAAGAAACUCCGGUAGAAGAGAAAGAGAAGUCGGGAGAAGCGGAAGUGGAAGCAAAAUCAACCAAAGAGGAACCAGACCAGCAGGAAGUAGAAACACAAUCAGGGAUUGCUACUUCACUAGAUAUAGCCGUCCAGGGACCAGAUGUUGCCGUCGUAUCACCACCUGAAGCCAAUGCUACUAUUCAAGGAUCUGUUGAAGUAGACAUCAGACCAGAAGAGAAGGUCCUAGCAGAAUGUAAGGAGCUGGUGAAGGAUGAUGGAGAAGAAACCCCAGGGGAGGAGAACACCAAGGGGGAUUUUUCUUCCACUGAUGCACUCCUGGAGCAGAUAGCUGAGACAAUCACUUCAAUUGAAAAAGCACAAAACCUUAGAGCUUCACAGGCAAUGGAUGUGAAUGUCUUAGCCGACACUGCACCAGGAGACAAGGAAGAGCAAGAUGAAUCUGGUCUGGACCUCCGGGCUGACAUCCCUAGUCAUGUUGAUGAGCAGGGCAUCAACAUACCCUCAGCUCAGAUAACCCUAGCUGUCCCAACCGAGAGCACACUCCUUGAAGUGUCAGAAGAAGAAAAAUCAGACAACCAACCUGUGGAGGAGGCUGGAGAUGAGGCGAAGGAAGGCGCGACAGAAAACGAUGAUCAAUCAGGUGCAACUGAUGUGAAAGAAACUCAGGAAGUUGAAGGCUCACCGUCACCAGGGAAGAGCCCAAGGUUCAAGCUUCAUCUGCCUAAGUUUCAUCUCCCCAAGAUGCACCUCAGUGGCAAGAAAGACAAAAAGAAACAGGAGACUGCACCAGCAGUAGAGGAGGGGGGCAAGGAAGUCCCAUCACAAGAUGAUGGACCCUUUGCAGAGCGACUUGAUGGAGAUGGAGCAGAGAAAGAGGAUGGGCUGGAUGUCGUCAGAGCUGAUGUAGUUGUCACUGCUGAUGUGGGCGUCACUGCCGACGAAAAUGUCGCCGUCAGUGCUGAUGUGGGCGUCACUGCCGAUGAAAAUGUCCCUGUCACUGCUGAUGUGGGCGUCACUGCCGAUGAGAAUGUCCCUGUCGGUGCUGGUGGUCUUGAUGUCCCAGAUGGCAUAGUUCCAGAGAACGAGCGUGCAGAUGAAACAAUCGCUGCCAUAUUAAGUAGUGCUUCUGCUGAUGGAGGAGUCUCUGUUUCUCUUGAGGCCCCCAAUGUUUCAACAGAAGUUGAUGAAAAUAUUAAGCCUAAGUUGGACAGUAUCGUAGAGGCGGAAGUUCCUUCUGCUCAAAUUGAGGGAGGGUUGGGUGUGUCAGCUGCACUGCCAUCUGUAGAUGCUAAUGUUGAUGCCUCUGGUGUAUCUGCCGCUCUUGAUAUGAACAGCCCUGCCCUUGACAUAAAUUGUGCUGUAAAUGGGCCAGAGGUUCAGGAGGUGGUUGUGGUAAUGAAUGAGGGAACGUCUGAAGAAGACGAUGUGGUGGGAGAUAAGAAAGAAGAUACCUCAGAGGAACUAGUGGACACUAAGAUCAAGUCAUCCAAGAAAGGGCGCUUUAAGAUGCCCUCCAUCAAUUUCCACAUGCCAAAGUUCGGAGGAAGCAAGAAAUCAUACAAGGUCGAUACAGAGGUCAAUGCAGGUUCAGAGAAUUGCAUUGUGGAAGGACAGGCCAAUGGGAUUGAACCAGAUAUUCAAUUAGGAGAAAAUGUGAUCCCAGAGGUUGAAGGAAAUGCAUCCAUUCAGGUUGAAGGUGAAUUGCAGACAAAGGUGGAUGCAGAGGUAAAUGCAGGUGGUGGAGACAUAUCGAUAGAGCCUGAGGUACCAGACAUAGAAAUCCCAGAAUGCAGAAUAGAGGCACCAGAAUGUAGCAAGAUGGAGUUAGAUGGAGGCGAUCUUAAUGUUGAAGGAACAGCUUUAGCAGUUUCUGCAGAUGUAGAUUGUGCAAAACCAUGCAUCAGUAUUGAGACUGAUACUUGUAAUACAUGUGUUGAGCAGUCUGUUGAUGCUAACAACGAUGUGACGCUAGAAACAGAGACAACAGUCCCAGAGGUUGCAGCUAAUGUUGAAAUUCCUUGUGAAAGUGGGGAAUUAUCAGUGAAAGAUCAAGGAAUUUCUGCCAGUGUAGAUGCUCCAGAGAUUGAAGCCCAUGUUGAAGUUCCUAGAUGCCAGCGUCAAAGCAAAGAAGAAAGGACUGUCCCUGCCUAA